AGUUCAAGAACGGUGUGAUUAUGGUGACCCAGGUGGAGAUUGUAUAUGGCACAUAUUGAUCCACAACCACCACACCGGAGAAACCUUACCUCAAAAGCUAUUGAACAACGGUUCGCACCGUUUUAGGAAACGUGUCGUUCAGUACCAGUUUCGAUGUGCAGUACAAUUCACCACGCAACGUAGCAAACGUUGAAUCGAACUGAACAAACCUCCAGUGGAAGUAAAUAUCGGAUGACGAUAUAAGGUCACGUGUGAUUGUUUCUGCAGGAAAUUGACAGUGUCGGUCUUCAAAAUGGAAAUGAUAAGCCAGCGACAUUUUCACACAUUGAAGAAGUUUCUCACCUGAUUUACGCUAUGCUUACUUUUUGAACUACGAUAUCAAAUCACCAAAACAAACGUUAGCUAACUUGCUAGGGCAACGUGCUGUCAGCAACGCUAGCUAGCUAACACAACGUUACGUUAGCUAGCUAGCCAGCCAGCAACAUUUCUCUGAUAGCUAGCCGGUUUGGACCACAGUUAUAUUUACAGGUUUUGACAUACACGGUCAAAAUGGAGCUGUUUCAAGCCAAAGACCAUUACAUUCUCCAGAGUGGCGAUCAUGCUCUUUGGUGUAGCCGAAUAGAUGGGACCAUGAAUGUCAGACCUGCAACAGACUUGCUGUUAGCUUGGAACCCAACGUGUUUAGGCCUGGUUGAGGGUCUCGUCGGGAAAAUACAACUUCAUACAGAUCUUCCUCUGGGUCUCAUACUGAUCCGUCAGAAAGUGCUUGUUGGCCAGAUGCCAGGUGACCACAAAGUCUACAAGAUCACCAAGAUAGCUGUCAUUCCUCUGUCUGAGGAAGAGCCUCUGGAUCUGGAGCUGGAGCUUUGUAAGAAGCAUCACUUUGGGAUCGACAAACCAGAGAAGCUUGCACAGUCUCCAGAUGAGUCGAAGUUCCUGAUGAAAACUCUGAGUCAGAUCAAGUCUAAUGUUGGGGCUCCCACGAAGAAAAAGGUCAAGGAAAACAAAGAAAAGGAGCGUCUCGAGAGGCGGCUGCUCGAUGAGCUGUACAAGAUAUUCAUGGACUCCGAUUCCUUCUACUACAGCAUGACCUAUGACCUCACCAACACUGUGCAGCGGCAGGGAGACACAGAGAAGUCAAACUUGCCCCUAUGGAAGCAGGUGGAUGACAGAUUCUUCUGGAACAAACACAUGGUCCAGGAGCUCAUUGAUCUGCAGGUUCCAGAGGUGGACUUCUGGGUGACUCCCAUCAUCCAGGGCUUUGUGCAGGUGGAGGAGCUGGUGGUGAACUACAACGAGAGUCCAGAUGAGGAGAAGAACAGCCCCGACACGCCGCUCCAGGAGCUCACCUGCGUGGAUGACAUCCACCCGCGCUUCACCGUGGCCCUCAUCUCCCGCCGCAGUCGCCACCGUGCAGGGAUGCGGUACAAACGCAGAGGGGUGGACACAGAUGGCCACGUGGCUAACUUUGUGGAGACCGAGCAGCUGAUCCACGUGCACAACCACUCGCUGUCCUUUGUGCAGAGUCGCGGCUCGGUGCCUGUCUUCUGGAGCCAAGCAGGCUACCGCUACAACCCCAGGCCUCGGCUGGAGAAAGGAGAGAAGGAGACAAUUCCUUACUUUGCUGCGCACUUUGAUGAACAGCUCAACCUUUACAAGAAGCAGGUCAUCAUUAACUUAGUGGAUCAAAGUGGGCGGGAGAAGAUAAUUGGCGAUGCAUAUCUCAAACAAGUCCUUCUAUACAACAAUCCUAACCUGACAUAUGUCUCUUUUGACUUCCAUGAGCACUGUCGAGGUAUGAAGUUCGAAAAUGUGCAAACGCUGACAGAUGCCAUCUCCGAUAUUAUUGCAGACAUGAGAUGGGGGUGGGUCGACCAGGCAGGAGUCAUCUGCCACCAGGAGGGCAUUUUCCGGGUGAACUGCAUGGACUGUCUGGACAGGACCAAUGUAGUCCAGGCUUCCAUCGCUCGUGCUGUAAUGGAGGCACAGCUGAAGAAACUGGGUGUGAUGCCCCCUGAGCAGCCUCUGCCCCUCAAGUGCUACAGGAUCUACCAGGUCAUGUGGGCCAACAAUGGCGACACCAUCAGUAGACAGUACGCCGGCACGGCCGCCCUCAAGGGAGACUUCACCAGAACGGGGGAGAGAAAACUGGCCGGGGUGAUGAAAGAUGGCGUGAACUCAGCCAACCGUUACUAUCUGAACCGCUUCAGGGACGCAUACAGACAAGCAGUCAUUGAUCUGAUGAUGGGGCAUCCUGUGACGGAGGACCUAUACUCCAUCUUCAGUAAGGAGAAGGAGCAUGAGGAGAAGGAGCAGGAGAGCCAGAGAGUAACCCAGGAGCAGGUCAGCCUCCUGCUGCAGACCUACAUGCAGCUGCUGCUGCCCGACGAUGAGAAGUUUCAUGGGGGCUGGGCCCUUAUCGACUGUGACAUGAGCCUUAUUGAUGCAACCAGCAAGGAUGUGGAUGUUCUCCUGCUGCUAUCCAACAGUGCAUAUUACGUUGCAUAUUAUGAUGAGGAAGCUGACAAGGUCAAUCAGUACCAACGCCUCAACUUAGAGGGUUUGGAAAAGAUUGAAAUAGGCCCAGAACCCACUCUGUUCGGGAAGCCCAAAUUCUGCUGUAUGCGUCUACACUAUAAUAAUGGGGAGACAAGUGGUUAUUUUCACACACUAAGGGCCCUCACAAGGAAUCCUGAGGACGAUGGUAAAGACACGUUGCAGUGCAUCGCAGAGAUGCUUCGCCUAACUAAGCAAGCCAUGGGACUUGACCUGCAGGUGGUUGAAAAGAAACUGGAGAGGAGGCACAGUAAACCUCACGAGGACAUCAUGGGCAUCCAGGGCAGACACCCAGACCAGGUCCUGGGCAGCUCUGGUCUGGCUCAGGGCAAGAGCUUCCUCCUCAACAAGUUCUCCUCCCUCAACCAGAGGGUGAAGAAGUCCAACGUCAACAUGGGCUCCUUCAAGGGGAGACUGGGAAACACCUUCUCCACCAAGCCGGACGUGAAGGUGAACUUUCUGAAACCCACCAUGGGGGUCACCCUCUGGAAGUCUGAUAGCAGCUUGGAGACGUCGGACGGGGCCAAUAUCGGCCCGGUUCUGAAGGACCUCUGUGACAACCACUCAGAGAUGUCAUCAGACUCGGACUCCUACAACUCGGACGAACAACUGCGCUCCAGCUCCUUGGAGAAUGUGGACUACGUGCUGCCCAGCUGUGGCAUCGUGGCGUCGGCUCCGCGACUAGGCAGUCGAGGCAGCGUGGAGCUCAACAUCCGGGUCACUGGCUGCGACAGUAACAGUAAGCAGCAGGCUCCGGCUCUAGCCAGUCCUGAAGACCAGUCCCCCGGGGUUACCUCGGAGGCUGAGGAGGCCAUCCUGAUAGACUUUGGAACUCCAAUUGAUGCCUAUUGCCACCAAUUCAUCCAAGACGCGCAGACCAAACCUGUGGAGGUGUUCGGGGAGCAGGUGGCUUGUAGCCUCCCCACACAGAACCCACAAGUCCCUCCACAUGCUAAAGGCUCCCUGGCCCCAGACGGACACCCAGGUUCAGAUCAGCAGGAGGAGGAGCUCCAGCUCCCUCCCAGGCCGUCCCAGCUAGAUGUUGCCUCCGGCCCCAAUCUCCUGACCGUCCAGAAGCCCAUCUCUGCAGCUUCCGGCAGCUCCCAGAGGAGCCUGGGCUCUCACAUGGAGGGCAGCCUGGGCCCCUCACCCGCCGACAGCAACGGCAGUCGCGUGGUCUCCCCCUUUGCCAAGAUCAAAAGCUCCAUGGUGCAGGUGGCCAGCCUGACUCAAGCUGGACUCACCCAAGGCAUCAACUUUGCUGUGGCGAAGGUGCAGAAGAGCCCAGAGCCAGAAAUGGCCACUCUAAAUGAGACCCAAGAGAACGAGUUGAAGGCAAUGUUUACACAGUGCCAGACCAGGAUCAUACAGAUCUAGCACUUCCCAAGUUGUAGUCUCUAAGCAGGUUUUUGUACAGUUUCUAUGUGACUUCCAGUACAGUAGCGUAAGCUGACUGCUUAGAACCCCACUCUUCAAUUUCCUCUAUAGUUGACAUGACCAUGUUUACAGCCAGUGUUGUGUAGUGUGUGUAUAAUACUCCAGCUCUAUAUGACAGCGUCCUUAAUCCUGUUGCAUUUCCUUUCGAGAGAUUUUCCAGAUAUAUUUGCAUGUCAGGCUAUUGGUAAUAACUAAGGCAGGUAAUAUCCAGUGUAUGUUGAGAGGCAAGCUCUGGAUUUAUAAUAGGCCUAGUUUAUAGCUCUGUUACCAAAAGAAGUACAAGUUUUUGACCAUUUUUCUCUUGAUUUUCAAAUGGCAGCUCCAUGUUAGUUAGUCCCCUAAUAAGAAAACAAACUGCUUGUAGAAUCAGUGUUGCCGAGUUUCUCCCUACCGAUAUUGGAAAUGUACCAAGGUAGGACUUAAUCAAGGUACAAGAACUCCGGUUAGAGUAUACUGUUUUGAUAUGUAAAUAUUGUACUGUAUGUACAGUGCCUAUCAUACAUAUUUAUCCCCGUUGGAUUUCUUCACAUUUUGUUACACAAGUGGGAUUAAAAUUGAUUAAAUUUUUUUUGUCAAUGAUCUACACAAAAUACUUUGUCAAAGAUUUCCAUUGAGAUUAAUGUAAAAUAUAGCACUAAUAUAUCUUGAUUUGAUAAGUACUCACCCUACAGCUGUGUCUUGGGUAAGUCUCUAAGAGCUUUGCCCACCUGGAUUGUGCAAUAUUUGCCCAUUUUUUUGUUAUUAUUUUCAAAAAUCUUCAACUUUCAAGUCUUGCUAUAGAUUUUCAAGCAGAUUGAAGUCAAACGGUAACUUGGCCACCCAGGAACAUUCAUUGUCUUCUUGUUAAGCAACUCCAGUGUAGAUUUGGCCUUGUGUUCUAGGUGAUUGUUCACCUGAAAUGUGAAUGGUGUAAAGCAGACUGAAUCAGGUUUUCCUCUAGGAUUUUGCAUGUGCUGAGCUCAAUCCCGUUUUAUUUUUAUCCUGAAAAACUCCCAGUCUUUGCCGAUGUCAAGCAUACCCAUAUCAUGAUGCAGCCACCACCAUGCUUGAAAAUAAGGAGGCAGUUAGUGAUGUGUUGUUGAAUUUGCCCCAAACAUAAGGCUUUGCAUUUAGGUCAAAAAGUGUGUUCCUUUGCUGUGUUUGUUUUUUUGCAGUAUUACUUUAGUGCCUUAUUGCUUACAGAAUGUAUGUUUUGGAAUAUUUGUAUUAUUCAUUUCACAGUCAUUUAGGUCGUUAUUGUGAAGUCACUACAAUGUUAUUAAUCCAUCCAUUUUCUCACAUCACCACAAUUCUGAAGCUGUUUUAAAAUCCCCAAUGGCCCCAUGGUGACAUCCCUGAGCAGUUUCCCUCAUGUCCUGCAGCUCAGUUCAGAAGGAUGACUGUAUCGUUUGGGUGGUUUAAUACAUCAUCCACAGCAUCAGUAUUAACUUGACCAUGCUUAAAGAGAUAUUCAAUGUCUGAUUUGUUAUUGUUACCCAUGUACCAACCACGGACCUUCUUUAUGGGGCUUUCUCCCUGUUCUUUUGUAGUUCAAUCUGUGCUUGAAAUCCAAUACUUGACUGACAGACCUUGUAUGUACUGUAUGGGGGGAAGAGGAAGGUGUAGUCACACAAAUCAUGAUAUCCCCUAUUAUUUCACACAGUAAGUCCAUGUAACUUAUUGUGAUUUGAUAAGCGAAAUGUUACUCCUGAACUGAUUUAGGCUUGGUUAAACAAAGGGGGUGAAUACUUAUGCAACAGGUAUAUUUUAGUGAUUACAUUUGUAUUAAUUUGUAUUAAAAAAAAAGAAGUUAUUUAUUUUCACUUUGACAUUAUGGAGUCUUUUGUAUAGGUCAGGGAUGGGCAUCUCUAGUCCUCUGGGGGCCGGAGUGGUGCUGCGCACUUUUGCUCCAUCUCUAGCAAACAAAGCUAAUUUAACUAGUUGCAUUCUACACUGAAGAUCAUGAUUAGUUGAUUAUUGGAGUCGGGUGUUAGCUGGGGGAAAAGUGUGCCGUCAAUCAGGCCCCUGAGGACUGGAGUUCCCCCAUGCCUGGUGUAGAUCAAUGACAAAAAGAUAACAAUUAAAUAUUUUUCAAUCUAACUUUCCAAUGCAACAAAACGUGAAGAAAUCCAAGGGAGUGAAUACUUAAAUAUAUUUGUUCCAUGUGUAGAACCUUUCUAUUGACCAACAUAUAUUGAUGGACAUAGCACUAUAGUAGCAGUCAAAAGUUUGGACACACCUGCUCAUUCAAGGGUUUUUCUUUAUUUUUAUUAUUUUCUACAUUGUAGAAUAAUAGUGAAGACGUCAACUAUGAAAUAUCACAUAUGGAAUCAUGUAGUAACCAAAAAGGUGUUAAACAAAUGAAAAUAUAUUUUAGAUUUUUCAAAGGAGCUCUUUGCCUUGUUGACAGCUUUGCACACUCUUGGCAUUCUCUCAACCAGCUUCACAUGGAAUGCAUUUCCAACAGUCUUGAAGGAGUUCCCACAUAUGCUGAGUACUUGUUGGCUGCUUUUCCUUCACUCUGUGGUCCAACUCAUCCCAAACCAUCUCAAUUGGGUUGAGGUUGGGUGAUUGUGGAGGCCAGGUCAUCUGAUGUCCUUCUUGGUCAAAUAGCCCUUACACCACCUGGAUGUGUGUUGGGUCAUUGUCCUGUUGAAAAACAAAUGAUAGUCCCACUAAGCGCAAACCAGAUGGGAUGCUGUGGUAACCAUGCUGGUUAAGUGUGCCUUGAAUUCUAAAUAAAUCAGUGUCACCAGCAAAGCACCCAUGCUUCAGGGUGGGAACCACACAUGCGGAGAUCAUCCGUUCACUUACACUGCGCCUCACAGACACGGCGGUUAGAACCAAAAAUCUCAAAUUUGGAUUUCUCAAAAUCUCAAAUUCAGAUUUCCACCGGUCUAAUGUCUAAUGUCCAUUGCUCGUGUUUCUUGGCUCAAACAAGUCUUCUUAUUGGUGUCCUUUAGUAGUGGUGGUUUCUCUGCAGCAAUUCAACCAUGAAGGCCCGAUUGAGAUGUGUCUGUUACUUGAACACUUAAGCCCCAUUUAUUUGGGCUGCAAUUUCUGAGGCUGGUAACUCUAAUGAACUUAUCCUCUGCACCAGAGGUAACUAUGGGUCUUCCUUUCCUGUGGUGGUCCUCGUGAGAGCCAGUUUCAUCAUAGCGCUUGAUGGUUUUUCCGACUGCAUUAGAAGUAACUUUCAACGUUCUUGAAAUUUUCCGUAUUGAAGGACAUGUUUUAACGUAAUAGUGGACUGUUGUUUCUCUUUGCUUAUUUGAGCUGUUCUUGCCAUAAUAUGGACUUGGUCUUUUACCAAAUAGGUCUUAUCUUCUCUAUACCACCCUUACCUUGUCAGAACACAACUGAUUGGCUCAAACACAUUAAGAAGGAAAGAAAUUCCACAAAAUAACUUUUAACAAGGCACACCUGUUAAUUGAAAUGCAUUCCAGGUGACUAUGAAGCUGGUUGAGAGAAUGCAAAGGGUGGCUAUUUGAAGAAUCUGAAAUCUAUUUUGAUUUGUUUAAUACUUUUUUUUUUUUGGUUACUGCAUGAUUCCAUAUGUGUUGUUUCAUAGUUUAGUUUUGAUGUCUUCACUAUUAUUCUGCAAUGUAAAAAAUAAAGAGAAACCCUUGAAUGAGUAGGUGUGUCCAAGCUUUUGACUGGUACUGUAUGUCUCAGUACAGUUUGGCUUUUGAUCAUAUUGAUGUUAGAGUAAGAUGCACUGCAACUGAACAUUUCCGAAGGGUAAUGAGCGUGUUUACUUGAGAAUACCCAAUAUUCACUUUCAACUGACAAAAUAAUGUUGGUUUGAUUCUGUAAGCAUUAGUGGAUAGAGAGGACUUAAUAAAAAUUGCACAUAAAUGAGUGUACCUGACGUCUGAGGGUGCAUUAGGUUUAUGAAACCCAAAGUCUGUCUCAUGUUUGACACUGUACAGUAGCAUAUAGAAUAAUGCAAAGUGGCACGUCCAAACCUUAUAAAAACACACUUUUCAAAUGCUUUAUGCACUCCUGAAUCUAAAGCGUGGGCUUUAACAGGAAAUUAAAGUGGGAGAUUGUGUAUAACAGGUAUUUAUGUCAAAUCCACCUUUUUAGAGUUUAGUUUAUUCCAUCAUGUUGCAGCAUCAUUCGUUUGAUCUUGGUACUGUAUAUGAGAUCCUUUUCAGGGUAAUGCCAUCUUUAUCUUGGGAUAUUCCAUCACCCUGCUUUUGCUUUUAAAUGGUGUUGAAUACUCAUGGACAUGAGCUUCGUGUGUGUGUGUUUGUGUGGCUCAUGUUUGUGUAAUAAUCUUGCAUUGCCAGUCCCAUGGGAGACUGGAGAUUGUGUAACAAUAGAUGUGCAGAAAAGCAUCCCAGGCACCUGCUGCUGGUAUUUUUGCAUGCCCUCUGUAGAAAUAGAACUCUAAUAUCUGUGAUGUAAAACUUUUGGAGGGAGACAAAUUUGCAUACAUAUUGAGUCAAUGGAAUGGCAUUUGACACAGGUACACCACAAAGGCCAGUUUCCUGGACCUAGAUUAAGCCUAAUACUGGACAAAAAAGUGUUUAUGAAGAUUAUCCAUUUGAUGUGCUUUUUUCGUCCGAGAAGGCCCUACAGAAACAUUCCUUAAAUGUAAUGAUUAUGCCCUGUAUCUAAUGAUUUAUGUUAUGUGUUUAGUAUAUGCCAUCUGGGGCGGCAGGUUGCCUAACCCCCCCCCUCCAAGUUUUCUGAGCCCCAAAAUAUUUUUGUUUGUUUAAUGGUCUUUGUUGGAUAAAAGAAAACACCAGGAAAUGAGCUUCAAGUGAUUUUAAUUUGAGAAAUCUGUUCAAGUAUUUCCAAGAAUAAUAGAGACACGUGAUUAUAAACAAAUGAAAGCAAGGUUUGAAAUUAUAUCGGUUUGGGCUUCUUGUGGUUAAUUUGCAAUUAUGUUCCGGCCCCCCCCGACCAUCAGCUCAAGAAAACAAAUCGGCCCGCGGCUGAAUCUAGUUGUCGACCCCUGCCCUAAAGGAAUGAAUACUUAGUUAGGACCAGCCUCUAACUCAUUUCAACCUCUUUAUUAAACUCCUCUGGGUGUGGUAGCUUCUAUUAGGAGUAUCUUCUGUUCUUCCUCAGGCAGGAAUAUCCCAAGAUAAAUGGUCACUGUCUCAUUUAUAACGUUUGUUUCUGUACUAAUCUGUAAUUUCAUCUGUUCUUCACAGCAUUCAGUGGUGUAGCUUGCUCACCCGCUGUAUCCCAGAGUCUGGGAUGGUUGUACAUGUUUCUGUGUAGCCUUUAUAUAGUGAGUCUGUUGUCUGUCCUGGGAAUUGUGGGUGCUGACUCCUCAGUCACCAGACCUGCUGAUAUUGUCUUGCACUGCCAAAGCUUUAAUAUGAUCGCUGCAAUGCAAUAGGAAUAUAAUAAGGCUUUAAGCAGGGCUAAGGGUUGCAUUUGUGAUUUUAUUGUAUUUAGGAAUGCAUAUACUGGACUGGAGCAACUCGGACCUACUGUAAAAAUGAAGUUUCUUUAAAGUGUAAACAUUCCUUUUGAGAUGGGGUUUUAGUGUUGGAAUUGGGUAUUUUUCUUUGGGGUUAGGGUUAAGUUCAGGAGUUAGAUUAAAGGGUUAGGGUUAGGGUUAGGCGGAAGGGUUAGCUAACAUGCAAAGUAGCAAGUAGUUGCUAAUUAGCUACAAUGUUAAAGUUGUCUGUGAUGAGAUUUGAGCUUGCAACUUUUGGGUUGCUAGAUGUUGGCGUUAUACGCCCACCCAUCUACCCACCAACCUCCCUGUUUUUUGCCUUAAGUAACCAUCUGUCUUGUGUAAACCAUACCAAAUGUAACAUAACGUACUAAACUGAGAGUCUUGGAUCUACGUACAGAAUAGUACUAAACGCUCAAUGGUUGACUACACUUACCAGUGUUUCCAAACCCUGGUCCUCGAGCACCCCCAACAGUACACAGUUUUGUUGUAGCCCUUGACAAACACCCCUCAUUCAACUCAUUGAGGGCUUGAUGAUUAGUUGACAUGUUGAAUCAGGUGUGCUUGUCCGGGGUUACAAUAAAAAUGUGUACUGUUGGGGUUACUCGAGGACCUGGGUUGGGAAACACUCACUUUUAUACCAGACAUGCUCCAGUAAGGAUCCUGCCUAGGUUUGCAACCCUAAUCCUGACAAUAGAAAAUGUAGUUACAUUUAUUGUGAGUAGUGACACAACACAAUUGCACAACAUCUAAGUACAUUUUCCUGCACUGUCCCAUGUCUGUGGUUGUACUUCCAUCUCUUUAAACUGACUUGUCAUGUUUUCAUGUUGUACUCUUAUUGAAUAUUAAAAUAUCCUAUUUAUUCAUA